UUCCACAUUUCUGAGCAGCUAUUUUUGAAGAAAGUUGUUAGGAAAGGAUCUAGCAAGCACUUUCCUGUUAGGAAACUACAAGAGGUAGAACUAUCUGCUGAUUUACCAGUGUUUCUGACUUCCAGUUAAGCUGAAAAUUACUUGUUUUGUGAAAAAGCAAAACUUCAAGCAUCUAGAAUGAAGAGUCCUCAAACUUUUGAGGAGAAAACAGAAUGCAUUGUGAAUGCCCUACUCACAGAUUUCUUGGGCACUACUUCACUUGUUUGUAACCGGGAAUUAACUGGUACAUAUGAAACAGAUUCAGGAGAAGUUUACUCUUUUGAUGCUGCCAUCAUUGCUGGUCGCCUUAGGAUGUUGGGUGACGAGUACAAUGAAGAAUUGGAAGCUUCUGUCCAAAGCAUCAUUAAAGGAGCCAAGACUGAACAGGGAGGAACUACACUUCAAGAAACAGCAACAUCUCUCAGCAAGGCCUGGUGUGAUCAGAAUUCCACUUUAGCUUAUGAGAAAGCUUUCCUGGCUGUGUCAGUGAAACUUGUUAAACUUGUGGUCCAAAAAGCUCCUGAAAUGGCAAGAAAUAUAGCUAUCUCCAUGACAAAUAUGAUCAAUGAGAGCCAUGCCCUCCGGGAGUUCAUCCAUGACCAGGGAGGCUGGGAAAAUCUGGAAAGCUGAAGAAGAGGUGGAGCCAUUUGCCAACCUGUGCCUUACUUCCUCUUUGACUGAUUAGGCAAUUGUUCUCUAACAAUAAAGAUAACCAAAUAACCACUUUUUGAGGACAGAA